CAUUUUUUUGUGUUAGUAGCGGCGAGUCGUGUCGCUCGUCUGUCAAAGAGGCUACGGGCCGACAAGUGCCAGUAUGGUGUGAGCGACAUGUGAUAGGAAAAGCCACUAUUAAAUCGUAUAGGACAAGGUUGGAGUAAACGCGGUUUCCUUUAAAGUGUGGUGACGAAAAGUAGACGAAACGCGUCAAGAGCAAGGAGAUCUCGUAGUGUAGGAUAAUUUGUGUAGUGUCAAGACUGCGGUUUAUGCGCAUGUGUCAUGGUUAAAUUCAAGAUGUUGUUCGCGCUGUUUUGCGUCCUGUUGAUUGGACAACAUAUACAAGCGGUAGUCAACAAGGCGACCUCGCAAACCAAGGAAGAAGAAAAACCUACCAAGGCCAAAGCCGAUGAUAGGAUAAGUAAUACUUUCGAUUCUCCAUCUGACGACUAUGGGCCACCGUUAGGAUCUAAUUUUAAUGGACCAGCGCCGAUAUAUGGACCUCCGGAGUUAGUCGGCAACCUUGGACCAACGCCCAUUUAUCCACCACCACCGCCGGAAUUGCCGCCACCUGUAUUUGGACCGCCGGCUAUUUCAUACGGGCCACCACGUAGUAUCAAGCCGCAAUACGGUCCACCGAAACAAAGUUUCGGUUUGUCAAUAUCCUCCUUCGUUUCGAAGCCUACUUACGGCCCGCCAAAACUCCAUUAUGGACCGCCGAAACAUUUUACGCCACCGUCGGCUUCGUUCUCGCCGUUUAUAUCACCGAAACCUCAAUACGGUCUGCCGUUAAAGUUCAUUGGUACAUCGAGCCAGCAAUAUAUAUCGCCGCUACCGGCGAGUCAGCACGGGCCGUCCAAGCCCGGCCACGGACCACCUAUUCCUAUAUCGCUCGAGACUUACGGUCCGCCGCCUCCAAAAUUAGCUAUUCAGUUUAAUCCUCUGCCCAAUGACGAGUACGGUCCACCACCGCCUCCCGUAUCCGCGCCGCAACCGCAAUACGGUCCGCCAGCUGGUGAUUUAUACGGACCACCACCACCAGCACCACCGCCAGGAGUUCCAGCGCCACCCACACCACCUGACAUAAAGUACGAUGGAUGGCAGCCUAUUGCCGGAGUAGCCACCUCCCCUAAUCAAAGUGGUCCACUGACAGAUACAUAUGCCUCUUCCCUCGAAGCAAAGCACAAUUACAUCGAAAGUUCAUCCUCUUCGGCAUCGCAAUUAUCUCAUGCUUCUCUGAGUGCCUCGACGAAUUCAAAUGUGCCUAGCGAUUCUUACGGCACGCCGUUAAAUAAUCCGGAGGAUCACGAUUUGAAAAUGUCCGUGCAUGAAUCCUCGGCUUCCUCGGAGAGCAAUGGAUUACCGCCGCCACCGUUACCGCAACACGAACCCCUACACAACAAUCAAGGCCCAGGUGCUACGACCAGUCAAUCCGAUCAUCAAUUCGGUCGGCAACAAUUGAAUUUACAGCACGGAACGCCAAACAUCGAACCGUUAUCUAUCAUAAAAACAGUAGGAUUUGAAUUGUUACCCACAACGGGAGCUUUGAAUGCGGAUCUCUCAGGUUUAUCGUUAUCAGGUGGUACUUCUGACGUCUCGUCGUUUAAUCAUAUCUCGAAUUCGAUUAAUGCCAAUUCCGCGUCGCUUCACGCAGGAUUGACGUCAAAUGAUGACGGAUCUCACACUGCUGCUUUAAGCAACGGCGGAGAUUCACACGGAUUUCAGAAUAUAGAGAAUGAUCUAUCCUUGCAGCAGCUACCGCAACAGACACCAUCGAACAAUUACCUCCCUUUAACAACCGUGACUUUUGGAAAAUCAAAUAAUUUUAUAUCAGGGACAUCCUUGCUUUCUCCUCCGCCUUUAGAUUCUUACGGCGCACCACCUUUAUCUUCUUACUCGUUCACUGGACCUUAUCCAGCGGCGCAAGGAGGACGAGGUGGACAACUGUUUUCGUCAUUUGGAAUAUUCGGAAGCUCUUUUAACAAACAAAGUCUACAUCAUCACAGACUUCAUGGUUCAUUCAGACCACCACCAAUUCCCCCCAGUUCUUUGAUACCACCGCGAGUACGAGAGCCCAUCAAAUUUAGGGAACCAAUACCAACAGGGCUUUUAUCGAAUAUUAAUCGAUAUUUACCGCCGCAUACAAAACAACAGUUGCCGAAUGUUCAUGUACCGGUAUCUUUUCGCCAUACACAGGGCUCGAAUAAUUUAUUUUCCAAUUCUUUUGCAUCAUCUGGCUCGUUUAAUGUACAUAAUUUAAAUUCUCCGAUUGCCGCACCGCAUGUUCAAUACGGAACGCCAUUAUCGUUCACUGAUUUCAACACACCAGCGCCUCAUUUAACUUAUGGAGCGCCUAACUUUGGCCCACCAACCUCCUUCAUUUCAACGUCUUCCGGAUUUGGCAGCAAUCUCUACAGCGGAAUUAAUAACGCGCUGACAACGACAUAUGGUACGCCUGUGGUAAAUGCACCGUUAUCAAUCGGUGGCGGUCACGAUUGCAAUUCCUUGCAACCGCUCUUGCCUGUGAACGGAGCGUUACAUUUAAACAAAGGAUUAUCCGUGAGUGGAGAGCCUUUAAGCGGUAGUUUAGCUUCCAACGGAAAAUCGCAUUUUAGCGAAGAGCUGCACUUGAGUGGAGGCUUAUCGUUAGGCAGUGAAGUGCCCUCGGGCGAAAGGCCAGCAUCAUUGAAUGCUGGAUUACCCGCGCAUGGAGGCGUGCAUUCUAGCGGCAAGCUGCAACUCGGUUCUGAAAAUGUGGGGCCUUCUGGUGGAAACAUAGAAAUCCCGGGUCCAGUUUUUACCAAUUCUCUGUCUACGAGUUUUGCGAGCUCCACGGGAAGUGAUUUAUCUGAGAAUAGCCAUCAAAAUUCUAUUUUUACAGGCAAUUUAUUGCCGCUUAUUAAGCCGCUUGAUAAUUUCCUGGGAGGUCCGCCGGUAAGCACAUUAGAUUUACAACAUAACGAACAACAGAAGACGAAUCUCAAGGAUAGCUACGGCAAUCCCGUAGGAUUAACUUUUGAUUCGUCCAACGAAGCGAGUGACACCAGAACUGUUCACGCAUCCACCACGGAUGUUUCGAAUGAACUCCCUGCGCUUCCGUCUAGUCAGUCCCACAAUAGCUAUUCCGCAGUAACGUUUGAGCAUGGCUCGGGAGUAUCAGCUGCAGCGCUGACAGCAAGCUUGACCGCGCAGUCCUUCGGCCAGCAAAAGAAUCUCGAAUUAAAUGAGGUGGAUGCUAGUCAAUUUUUGAAAUCGAGCGAGGGUAGCGAGGCAUUGUCUUUGGCGCAACGGCUGACCGCCGAUAGUGCCGACGGUUUUGAGAUUCACGGUUCCAAGGGCACUUACAGAUUGCAGAUACAACCAGCAGACGGAGGCCUGGGCACCGAGAACUCGGAUGGCAGCAUCAGACACGACCAGGUAUUGUCUAAUGGCCUCCUUCAAGAUAUAUUAGCCGCUAUAGAACAGCCGGAGAAUGGUGCUAUACAACUACAAGGCUCGCCGCAAGUUCAGCAAUUGCAAAAAGUUUUCGGUCCUGAUUUGCCUCAAAAAACUGGUGUCAUUAAUGGCCAUUUUAUUACUAUAGAUAGUCAAGGACAAAACAACGGAUUACAAAAUCAAGUCGAAAAAGUCAGCGAGAAAAAAGAAGACGUUAAAUACUCAAAAAACCAGCCGUCAAUUGCUUUAUUCUAUGAUACUAAAUAUGGAGAAUCGAUAAAAGAAAUCAGAUCUGUGUCGAAAAGCGAAAUGCAGGCCGCAAACGCAAAUGAGCAAAAUAAUAGUCAAACAAAAUCCUCCUUAAUUUCUAAAUCGUAAUAAGUGCCUAUAUAAAAAUAUCUAAUAGUAUUUUUAAUAAUAGUCUUAAUCGCUCUGAUUCAUUUCGGAAAGACUUUGAUUUUCGAGAAGAAAAGAUAUUGCUGCUAACGUGAUGCCAUUUAUUUUCUUUGCUUGAGGUUGACCAAUAAAAUAUUUCGAUGAAAGUUUUUAAAUCUACGAUGUUUACGAUGACAUAAUAUUUAAAACGUUACAUAUUUUUCAAUAAUAUUUUUGAUGAAUGAUCGCGGAUAUGAUCGAUUAUAUUUUAACGUAUCAACAAAUUUAUCUUCAAAUAGAUUGCAAUAAAAUUGCUUUGCAAUGUGACAUUAAAACUUUCUAACAAUUUAUUUUGUUGCUUUAUUUUUAUAAAUUAUUUAAACGAAGAUCUAAGAUUAUGCAAUGUUUUGGUACGCUUAAAAAAUAUUUAAAAAAAUUUGAUCAAUUUAAAAUUAAAAUUAGAAAGCAGAAACCGCGCAAUGAAAGUUUAUGUAAUUUUCUCUUAUUUUCUCGCAAGCAAGCAAAAGUAAUAAUUACUUGUUGGCCAAUGUAUCGAUAACAAGUUAUUAGACAAAUCGUCUGCUUGCUCAAGAACUUUUCACCUCUUACCAGGAUUGCAAGAGUGAUUGUAGAAAGAGACGCAAGUAUCGGCAUAUUUUUAUCACAUAAGAAGAUUUUGCAUUCUUAAAUAAUGAUCUUGUUAUCAGGUCAAAUGUUUACUGAGAUCCGACCAAGGAUCCAGAAUGCUUCAAUUUGUCCUCGCGUCAGCGGCUUAUCUUAUCUUCGUCCAUGGAAAUUUCGUUGGCUCGAUCCUUUCAAAAACAAGGAAAUAUAUAUAUAAGGAAAUUAUUUAAUAUCAAAUCAGAUUUUUGUCGGGAUAGUCGAUGCCACCACUUUCAGUUUAAUUCUACGAAAGUGGCAAGUCAGCAUACGUUGCUCUUGUCAAGAUAUGAAAACGGUACGAGGCAUUACACGCGUUUAUUAAUACUCAUGUAGGUCAAUAGGUUACGGCAACGUUCUCGUGCGAAGUACAUGUAGCUGGUUAUAUGGCAUAUCCGCGUAAAAUCGCUUGGUCGUUUUCCGGUCGGUAGAACAUGAUCGACGCAUUUUCGAGAUUUCAGGCUUCGUCAAGGUGAAAGUUCAAAACCUCAUUUAACGAUCCGGUGAAAAAAUAUCGAGCUUCUAUGAAAAUUUCUUUCUAAAUGAAACGCACUGCUCGUCUUUGCGGACAGUCAAGGGUGUUUUUACGCUCGGUUUUGCACACUUUUAUCACGAUAGUCAUAUGCGGAUACGUUUUAAUCUACUAUUAUGUGUGUGCGAAAAAAAUAGAACGAAAAUACGUGCUUGGGGCUUGAUAUGUACAUCGGUGGGAAUACAGAACAACCGCAAAAUGUCGAUAUUAUCAAGCACGAGAAACCGUAAGCAGCAAACGUUAUUUCCUUCUGCCGCGCGUAUUAACGAUCUUUAUGCGACUUACGAUUCGCAGUUCUGCACGUAAGUUGUAAAUGAGUAUCCGUAUCGUGAAAGUGCGCGGCGCCGUUAAAAUCCCAAGUAAUCUCAAAGCUCUUGCAUUUUUAUGAUUUUCCCUGGCAAACGGUUAUGCAUAACUUGGUGUAUUGCAGAUACGUAAAAUAAGUAGAGCGUAUACGUUUAAGGGAGAGACGCUCAUUGUUACGAAGUACGCAGUAACGAUACUGCCAAGCCAUAAAACGCAUCCACUUGCUCCUAACCCAUAUCCACCUACUUUUUUAGGAUUUUAAUUUAUUAUUUUAUAUACGCGAAGAGUUUUAUGUAUGUGUGUGUGUGUGUGUGUGUGUGUGUAUGGGCACUUAGCUUAUAUUCGACGAGCAAUCGAUGCUAUCACUCGCCGGAUAUAACGAUCUUACUAGCUUGUACAUUUAAUGUAUGCUCCGCAUGUAAAUAUAUGAAUACUUUGUA